AUGCUCCUAUCUCUGUGUUCUCUUACGGUCUUUCUGGCCUUUCUAUCGGCUGUUCAUAGUCUGCAGUCUUCCCACAUAUCCCCCGACACACCACUGUCGUCUUUAAUUGCUUCUGCGAAAACACACCUUGCGGGGGGCUCCCCCCGCGAGGCCUUGCUGUAUUUUGAUGCAGCUGUGGCCAGAGAUCCAACGAAUUACCUGACGCUUUUUCAAAGAGGUGCAGCACAUCUGUCCCUGGGUAAGAGCUCGCUGGCUCUAGAAGACUUCGACCGGGUUCUGCAACUGAAGCCAGAUUUCGAAAGCGCUCUUUUACAGCGGGCACGCCUUAGGGCCAAUUCUGCUGACUGGGCGGGUGCACUGGAUGAUCUUGCUAAGGCUGGUAAGAAAUCUGCUCCCGAGUACCAGGAACUUCAGGAAUCGCGUGAUGCUGCGUCAGCCGCGCUUGAAGCGGAAAACCGUGAAGCUUGGGAUUUCUGCGUCAGCCAAGCAAAUGUGGCUCUGUCCAAAGCACCCAUGUCGCUAAGCCUGCGGCGGGCUCGAGCACAUUGUCGCUUUGAGACGGGCGAGAUGGAACAGGGGAUCAGCGAUCUUCUUCACGUUCUUCAGAUAUAUCCAAGCUCGUUAGAGCCUUAUCUACAGAUAUCAUCGACCCUUUUUUAUGCCCUGGGAGACAAUGACCGCGGUAUCUCACAGAUUCGCAAAUGUCUACAUUCUGAUCCCGAUUCAAAAACAUGCAAUCGCCUCUAUCGCAGGGAGAAACAGCUUGUAAAGCGGUUGCAGAAACUGAAAGAUGCCGUGGAUUUGCGAAAAUACAACAACGCCAUCAAUAUGCUGGUUGGCGCUGGUGACGAAAGCGGCCUCCUUAAUGAUGUGCAGAGAGAUGUCGAGCAAGCAAAAGAAGCUGGUCACAUUCAUCCAGCGGCCCCCAACAACCUUUAUGCCACACUGGUCGAACAGGCCUGCGAAGCUUUCCGUGAGGCGCAAAUGCCAAAGCGGGCUACUUCUUAUUGCUCUCAAGCUUUGGAUUUUGAUCCGCAUUCCCUGGCAGGGCUCCUCUUCAAGAGUGAGGCUGCUAUUGACGAGGACCGGCUUGAUGAUGCUAUAAGUCUGCUAAAUCAAGCGAGAGAACACCACUCCGGCUCUAGGGAAGUACAGGCGCUUUUACAGAAGGCCCAUAUGCUACAGAAACGCUCCAAGCAGAAGGACUACUAUAAAGUAUUGGGUGUCAGCCGUGAUGCGGAUGAUCGGACAAUUAAACGCGCUUAUCGGCAACUCACGAAACAGCAUCACCCUGAUAAGGCUAUUUCCCAGGGCGUCACUAAGGAGGAAGCUGAAAAGAACAUGGCCUCUAUCAAUGAAGCUUACGAGGUACUCUCCGAUUCUGAACUGCGAGCCCGAUACGACAAUGGCGAUGACCCCAAUGAUCCCGAGUCACAAAGGGGCAGGCCUUUUCAAGGAAGCCCGUUUGGGCAAGGUGGUGGACAACAAUUCUUCUUCCAACAAGGCGGCCCACAGUUCAAGUUCUCGGGGCAAGGGUUCAACUUCCCCGGUGGCUUUCCUUUUCGCUGA